GAGAGAGAGAGAGAGAGAGAGAGAGAGGAAACUCCCGUGCAGCGCACGAGCCACCCUGAUCCUCCACUCUUCUGCUGUAGCCGAAGGGCGCGCACAGCGCCUCGCGCCGCUGCAAGAAGACCACCCGUAAACUGAACUGAACCUCGUUAUGCAUCCGCUCGCGGGGCUGUGAGUGAACCCUCGCGGCCCCCCCGGGAAGGGAGAGUCGCGAGACCCCCGCAGUGCCCAGCAUCGUGAGCGCACGAGCACGAACGAAGCGAGCGCGCGGACGACCAGCAGCACUUCCAACAUGUAAAACAACAUUGAUAACUAUGUCUGAUGGCCUGACGCGCGCGCCCGUUUCUGCAGGCAAUGGCUGAAGCCCCGUCCCUGAAAGUGUAGAGCGCGAGCGAGCGAGCGAGCGAUGGCGGAGGGCUCGAGCGGGAGCCUGAGCGUGCUGAGCUGGGAGCAGGUGCGCAGGCUGGACGCGCUGCUCGCGGAGUCCAUCCCCAUCCACGGCCGCUGGAACUUCCCCACGCUGCACAUGAGGCCGCGCGACAUCGUGCGGGUGGUGCGCGCGCGCCUGCGGGAGCGGCACAUCGACGUGCGCGAGGUGCGCCUGAACGGCUCGGCGGCGAGCCAUGUGCUGCACGAGGACAGCGGGCUCGGCUACAAGGACCUGGACCUGAUCUUCCGCGCGGACCUGAAGGGCGAGCGCGAGUUCCAGACGGUGAAGGAGAUCGUGCUGCACUCGCUGCUGGACUUCCUGCCCGCCGGAGUCAACAAGGAGAAGAUCACGCCGCUCACGCUGAAGGAGGCCUACGUUCAGAAGAUGGUGAAGGUCUGUAACGAUUCUGACCGCUGGAGCCUCAUCUCCCUGUCCAAUAACAGCGGGAAGAACGUGGAGCUGAAGUUCGUGGACUCUCUGAGGCGUCAGUUCGAGUUCAGCGUCGACUCCUUCCAGAUCCGCCUGGACUCGCUGCUGCUCUUCUAUGAGUGCUCGGAGAACCCCAUGGCCGAGACCUUCCACCCGUCCAUCGUGGGCGAGAGUGUGUACGGCGACUUUGAGGAGGCCCUGGAGCACCUUCGCUGCAAGCUCAUCUGCACGCGCAACCCUGAGGAGAUCCGCGGUGGGGGCCUGCUCAAGUACUGCCACCUGCUAGUGAGGGGAUUCCGUGCCGCCUCGCAGCCACACAUGAAGCAGCUGGAGCGCUACAUGUGCUCGCGUUUCUUCAUCGACUUCCCAGACGUGACCGAGCAGCGGCGGAAGCUGGAGUCGUAUCUGCAGAACCACUUCGUGGGGCUGGAGGAGCGCAAGUACGAGUACCUGAGCACGCUGCAUGGUGUUGUUAGCGAGAGCACCGUGUGCCUGAUGGGCCAUGAGCGCCGACAGGCCCUCAGCCUCAUCACCAUGCUGGCUGUGCGAGUGCUGGCUGAGCAGAACGUCAUCCCUAACGUGGCCAACGUCACUUGCUACUACCAGCCGGCACCGUACGUUGCAGAUGGCAACUUCAGCAACUACUACGUGGCCCAGGUGCAGCCGGUUUACACUUGCCAGCCCUCAAACACCUUCUGCCCAUGGCUGCCCUGCAACUGAGACCAAUCAGGUAUACGAUGGCAGUCAAAAGAAUUGCUCAGAUGUAUGUUAUGCAUUGAUGUAUACAAACUUUUUUUUCAUAUGCUUGAAGGGAUCUACCUCCCCUACCAUUCUGUCAACUCAAGGUGAUGGUCUGGCCAAAAAUCAGAUGUACACAAAUUUGCUCUUUACACCAAGAUCUACCUAUCACCAGAGUCUGGUGCAUUUCGCCCCUUAACAUUGCCAAAAACUGCCUGCUUUAACAGGAACGGGCCGUUUGAUAUGUAAAAUAACCAACCACAGUUCACUGUUUAAGUAUAAUGUGUAGGGAUAGGUGAUUCUCAAAAAGGGGCUUUUUAUAGAUAACAGUACAUUAUACAGUGUCAGAAACCACAUAAGUAACUUGACAGUUUGAAUCCAAUUUGUGAUUAUAGGCAUACUGUUUGCACAAUAAUAAUUGGCAGGCUAUAAACUUCCGUUAGCUCCAUUAGCUCCAUUAGCCUCCAGUGCAGAAAAGAACCAAACGUCAGACACCAGAUGUCUUGGCGACAGGCUACUUUUGGUGUAAUAGGGGAAAUGAUAGACAGAUGAAUAUGGGGGCCCAUUGGAAGACCAUUUGCUUGGCUUACUAUUGUUUUAAAGAAGUAAAAGCACAAACAACAGCUGUAUAUUUCAACACGACAAUGCAACGUGCCAUACCAUUUCAGGUCAGGGAGUGGUUUGAGGUGAAAAUUCACUCGAUCAUAUGGCCAGCACAAUUCCAUACCAAUUCCCAUUGAAAAUUUGUGGGAAAAACUGGAAAAUCUAAGAGAAGAUAAACACAAAAUGGUGUAACAACGCAGUGUUAGGUUGUCAUCAAGAAACUAGCAUCAGUUAGCAAUCUUUGUUGUCCAUUUCCUACAUUCAUUUCUUUGCUAUGUCAGUGAUCAUAACCAAAAACAACUAAGCAAUUCUUCUUGACUGCUGGUGUAUAAUGACGGACAGUUGCGAGGACCGAUCGGACCACCUUUCGUUUGCUUCGGAGAUGUGACAGAUGUACAUUUCUUUAUUUUUUUUGUGUUGAAAAUGUGGAGAAGUCAAGAUGCCACACAAUGCUGGCGGCAAAACUCAUGACUUACUCGUACGUGGGGGAGGAAGGGAGGGAGGAAGAGAGGUCACUUGGCCUCGUUCCCAGAGGACGUCAUGCUGUGCCCAGGUGUUCAGAGACUGUAUGGCGAACCUGGAGAAACACCACACAGGCUAAAAGGCAACGAUCAUGACAACACGCAAUCUCGAGCUUGACCGAGCUCAGAUUUCAUUCUGUCACCUGAAUUCGGGUGAAGAAUGAGAGAGAUAGUUCUCUUUCUAGUUUUGCUUUGUUUUUAGGACCUGUACAAAGACUUGAAGAGAUGUACAAAUAUAUUAAGGCUUGCCACCACAUAGGUUGUUGUGAAGGCAGAUGGGAUAGAGAAGAAAAGAUCAUUCAGAGACUCAGUCGAAUAACCAGGGACGAAACUGUUUACAAAACCAAAGAUAUUUUCUUAGAUGUCAGUUAUAGCUGGAAAAAGAAACAGUUUUUAUUAACAUUCUGUAACUAUCCAAGUGCCUGCAACAGAUCAAAUGCAACCAAGAUUUAUAGAGCAAAACCCCCCGAGUUCGGGAAUCGAAUGGGGGUGCUGCCCUGGACACGAUGGAGGGACUCAUUUUAGUGUGUUUGUGUGUGCGUGUGUGUGUUUUCAUUCUACAGUAAGUAAAUAUAAGGGAACAGUCUCUUUUUGUAUUUUCUAAAAGGUAUUAUUUUGGGGGUGGAAAUCUCUGACCUCAAAGUUAUUUGAUUUGAUAUAAUCACAAUUCUGUACAUCAUGAAAUCUUAGAUUGCACUAAAAUUUGAUUUGAUUUGA